AUGUCGUAAUUGCAUUGGUCGACGAGCCUCCGGAGAAGUUGAUCCUCCACAUCUGAAUGACUUUUCAUCACCUCAUUGUCUUUUGAACUCCCCCAAGACCUAUAUAUUUUACAUUAUAGUUUCUAUACAAGUGAAGAAGUUUAUCUUAAUUAAAACAACAAGAAUGAAUACACGAAAAACAGCGGGGGUCGAGCCGGGAAAGUGGAAGCAAUUCUUUGCGACAAUUAUAAUUAAUUUAUCAAGUCUGGCCUACGGGUUGAUCCUGGGUUGGUCAUCGCCGAUGGCUCCGCUGUUGCAGUCGGAAGAGACGCCGAUAGGAUCAGUUCCAAUGACGAGCGAACAGAUGUCCUGGAUGAAUGGAAUGCUGUGUGUGGGAGCUCUGGGGAUUCUGCCCUUCUGCAGUCCCCUGGCAGAGCGUUUCGGUAGAAAAAUAACUGGCUGCAUUAUCGCGAUACCCUCAGGCCUGUGCUGGCUGCUGAUCCUCCUCGCAGUGGACUACACCUACCUCUGGGCAGCCCGUCUCUUCGCUGGAAUAGCAGCUGGACUCAUCAUCUUCGUUAUUCCCAUCUACAUAUCCGAAAUCACUGGUGACACUGUCAGAGGACAAUACGGUAGCAUCCUCGUCUUCUCCGUCAACAUCGGCAUCCUCAUGGCGUACAUCUUCGGUGCCAUUCUGCGGUACAAUAUUUUUGCUAUUUGCGCACUUGUCAAUGUGGCUCUCUUCCUCGGAGGAUUUCUUUUUAUGCCUGAGACACCGAUUUAUCUGAUGAGAAAAGGACGAAUCGCAGAAGCCACUAGAUCAUUGAUGUGGCUGAAGGGCAACAACAAGGCGACUGUUGAACAGGAAUUAUCGAGACUCCAAGCCCUUGCCAAGGAGAAUACAGCUAAUAAUAAAUCUGUUGGGUUCAGCGCGUUGUUCAGAGACCGGGGAACGUUCAAGGGUUUCAUGAUCGCCAUCGCCAUGCUGGGAGGCCAGCAAUUCUGUGGAAUUAGUGCAGUGGUCGCCUAUACUGCGACGAUCUUCAAAAUGGCUGGAAGUUCUCUGCAGCCAAAUAUAGCAACUGUCCUUGUAGGUGGUACCCAGGUGUUAGGGUCAUGGCUAUCAACGUUGAUGAUGGAAAGGGCUGGAAGGAGGCCCCUCAUCAUGAUUUCCUCUGCUGGAAUGGCCAUUUGUCACUGCAUACUGGGAGCAUUCCUGUGUGUUCAGUCUUGGGGUCACGAUGUCAGUUCGUUUUCCUGGAUUCCAGUUAUCGCAAUCUCAGGCUAUGCAAUUGUUUAUUGCCUAGGGAUGGGCCCAGCCCCAUAUGUGGUCGCCUCAGAAGUCUUCAGCUCUGAUAUAUCAGGCUUCGCCAAUUCCAUUGCCAUGGUCUUUAUGUGGAUUGUCGCAUUUCUCAAUAUGAAGUACUUUCCCUUCGUCAUGGAUCUACUUGGCAUCGACGGCGCAUUCUUUCUUCUCGCUGCCUUCUGCAUUUGCACGUUGGUAUUCACAUUUUUCUUCAUUCCAGAAACCAAAGGCAGGGAUAUUGAGUCGAUCCUUGAUGAGUUGAAUGGGUUCUCUGGGAGCUUUAGGAAGGAUCAGUAUCAGAGGACUUCAGUGGAGAUUAUUGGGAAGAAUAAUAAUCACGCGGUUUGAAUUAUUCUGGGAAUAUGGAAAUCGAACCCCUGAAUUUUCCGAGCUUUUGUGGAAAUCCUUCAGCCACUAAAUAUUUCGAAAACAGAUUCCCAAAAAUUGAUUUUCAUGUGUUUAAAAUUCAGAGAAAUUCUCAUUUUAUUCAGAUAUUAUUUAGUACCUGAAACAUUUUUAUAUUAUUAUGGAAAAUUUAGGGAUUUGCUUUAGCUCGGCAGACUCGAUAAAAAAAAAUUGUUAUUCAAGUGGAUUCAAGUGCUCGAAGCCGGUGAAGUCGCUAGUCAAUAAUCCCCUCCCCCAAAUCGUAAUGAGAAUAAUUACAAUCAAUGGUAUUUCCCCUUCGACAAAGUGUUGACUACUAAUUAUGAUAUUAUCUAUUUUUAUAUCUCAUCGUUGAUUAGUCCUUAGUUGUUUUUGUAACUAGAUUAACGUGAAGCGCUAAUGAAUGUCAUUAAUGUACGAAAUUAAAUAAUCCCUCCUUAAUAAUUAGUAACUAGCCUGAGGUCAAUUUCAAUUUAAAAAAAGCUCAUUGUUGUGGCGCCGUCUUGUUGAAUCAGUAAGAACUUAUUGCGAAAUUUGAAC